AUGAACUCCAUUGAGGGAAGCAGCAUGAACUAUUACGUUCCGCUUCAGGACGCCGAAACUCCACCGAAGAAAUGUAUCAGCGUUUUACCCGCACGUCGUGUAGUUCGUAUACUGAACAGCCGAUACGCACUGACGGCUACGGGAUAUAAGUACCUGGACAUCGGCAUCAACGUUGGACCGCCGAGUUACGUCGAGAUUGCGAUAGGAGAUCAUCGAGGAAACGAGCUGAUCCUAUCUCUCGAAACGUGGAAGGAACUCUACGAACAACGAUGGAACAUACAGAACCAUCUCUGCAAGGAUGUUCGCGGCCGUCCUCUCACCGUUGGACCGUUGACGGUGCGAUUCAGUGAGAGUCCAGUGUGUGAUACCAAACUCGUGUGUCUGGAUUCGUCCGACGUACGUUUGAUGAUGACCGAAUCGACGUUCUUCUCCAUGCUUAACCUGGACAGCUGCAUCGAGCUGACGUACGCUCAGUUGGAUUGUGUCGUCGAACAGGUCGAUGCGAAGUUCGUACGAUUUUCGAAUAUCGCGUCCGCCGAGACUAAGGAUGCGUCGAACGCCAUACGCGUCAGCGCAUGCUUCAACACCAAUAACACUAUAGAUUGUGAACUGUUGGCUUUGGUUUUUAAGGAUGACAUAUUCCAUUUGCGGAACCUAUAUGGAGAAGAUGAGUGGGCGGAGGAAAAUUGGGACGAAUGGGAUGAUAUCGAAAUAAUCGAUAGAAAGAGGAAGGCAACUGAGGAGGACGAAGAGAUGGUGGAGAACGUCAGCAAGAGGCUGAAGAUAGAGGAAGACGAUAAAGACGACGACGAUAUCGAAAUAAUAUAUGAUAAAAAACGAGUGCGGUUCGAGGAAGACGACGACGAUGAUGUCGUAUUCCUCUUUGAAAGAAAGAGGGUAAGGAUGGAGGAAGAGGACGAAGACGAGGAAGAGGAGGAAGAGGCAGAGGAGAGCGAGGAAGAUGAGGAGGAGAGCGAGGAAGAUGGGGAAGAGGAGAGCGAGGAGAGUGAGGAAGAGGAGACAGAAGAUGAGAGCGAAGAAGAUAUAUCUGAAGGAAAGGAGGAGUAG